AUGCCAGAGGCCUCCAAACCCAGACCUAAAACUGCUGGGCCACACCAAUCCUACAACAACAACAGCAACAUCAACACUAGCAAUAACGAUAUUAACAUUACUACCAACAACGUCAACUACAAUAGCAGUAGUAUUGAUAACAUCAACCGAAGCAACAACAACAUUGAUAUCAUUGUCAGCCUGAAUAACAACAACAACUACUACUACAACAACAACAACAACAACAGCUUAAACAAUGCGAACAACGACAUAAACAACACAAGCAACAGCAGUGGCAACUCCACACAAAUGGUUGCUUUUUCGAAUUCAUGUGGUAAGCAAGGAUAUCUCUGCCAUCGAAUCCAGUCACCGCAUUGCCAAUGUCAAACGCUUUACCGUUACACUACCGCACAGCCAAAAUGA